AACAAAACAUCAUGUUGGGUUUUGGAAACACAAUUGACAUUUUUCACCAAUUUUUGACAUUUUAUGAACCAAACAACUGAUCGAUUAAUCAAGAAAAUAAUCGUCAGAUUAAUCGAUAACGAAAACAAGCGUUAAUUGCAGCCCAAGUAAAAUGGUCAGAGGGAAGGCGGCACCUGGCAGACAGAACCCAGGGAAAACUCUAGUGAGUAGGACCCGUAUUUCCGGUCUAGUUGUGGUUCCGUCUCAUAACAGCAGCCGUUAGUCUCCAGUUAUCUUCACGUAGCCUCUGUUUGCUCUGACAGUUUGUCGCUGAGCUCCAGAAGAAUUUCUCUCGGUCUUAUUCUGAGUCUGAGUCCGAGUCCGAUUCAACGGAAAUGUGUCCACUCACAGUCCGGGAACUGCUAGCUGUUAGCCUCUGUUAGCCUCGCCUUCGGAGCCUGCUGUUGGUGCUAACUGCGCUAACUGCUUCAUGUGCCUGUUUGUUUGUUGAGAUGCAAACACCGAGGACGAGACGUUAGCAUGUUCACACAGCCACGCAGUCAGUAACAGGUUGCUGUGAAGUUCAGACCCCUCAGAGCCGAUCAGCUGUGGACGGUUCUCCACAGACCUUCAGCUGACUCCUGACGGCAGACAUGUUGACCUAGAACCUGGAGCUCAGAGUUUGUGUGAGCAGAGUAAUCCUCAUUCAGAGAUCAUGUCUGAGAACCAGGCCAACAACAACAACGUCCCUGUGAACAACAACAACAACAACAACAUGGGACCCAACAGGAUCCGAAACCCCAACGUCAACCAGAAUCCCCUCAUCAACGUCCGGGACCGCCUCUUCCAUGCCCUUUUCUUCAAGAUGGCCGUCACAUACGCCCGACUCUUCCCUCCGUCCUUCAGGAGAGUGUUUGAGUUCUUCGUCCUGCUCAAGGCGCUCUUCGUCCUCUUCAUCCUCGCCUACAUCCACAUCGCCUUCUCUCGCUCACCCAUCAACUGUCUGGAGACGGUGAGGGAGCGUUGGCCCCGUGAUGGCAUCCUGCGGGUGGAGAUCCAGAGGAACUCCAGCCGAGCCCCAGUCUUCCUUCAGUACUACGACUCCACGGGCCUCCAGGAGGAGCUGGAGGGGGAGGAGGGAGGAGGAGUGGGGCUGAGUCUGGCUGCGCUGCAGGAGGAGGAGGAAGAGGAGAUGACUCUGGAGAUGUUUGACAACAGCUCAGUGCAGUUUGAGCUGGACAUGGAACCCCGGCUGAAGCCCUCUCUGGUUGGAGCAGGAGGAGGAGCAGGAGGAGGAGCAGGAGUGAAUGACAGCCAAGACGUCUCCUUCAGCCAGACCACUAAAGGUAUGCAGCCGCUGAAGGACUCAGUGUCUGAGCUGGAGAUGAUGACCAGAGCAGUGUGGCCUCAGGAGGAAUACAUCGUGGAGUAUUCUCUGGAGUACGGAUUCCUGCGUCUGUCGCAGAGCACCAGGCAGAGACUCAACAUCCCCGUCAUGGUCGUCACUCUGGAUCCCAUGAAGGACGAGUGUUUUGGAGAUGGAUUCAGUCGUUUCCUGCUCGAUGAGUUCUUGGGCUACGAUGACAUCCUGAUGUCCAGUGUGAAGGCGCUCGCUGAGAACGAGGAGAACAAAGGGUUCCUUAGGAACGUGGUGUCUGGAGAACAUUACCGUUUCGUCAGCAUGUGGAUGGCCAGAACCUCCUACCUGGCCGCCUUCGUCAUCAUGGUCAUAUUCACUCUGUCCGUGUCCAUGCUGCUCAGAUACUCUCACCACCAGAUCUUCGUCUUCAUCGUGGACCUGCUUCAGAUGUUGGAGAUGAACAUGACCAUCGCAUUCCCUGCAGCCCCUCUGCUCACCGUCAUCCUGGCCCUCGUCGGUAUGGAAGCAAUCAUGUCGGAGUUCUUCAACGAUACGACCACGGCCUUUUACAUAAUCCUCAUCGUUUGGUUGGCUGACCAGUAUGACGCCAUCUGCUGCCACACCAACACCAGCAAACGCCACUGGCUGAGGUGA